CGAUCAUUUUCAUUCGCCGUUGUAUCGUGCUCUCUUAUAAUUCGGAGAUCCGUGUUUGGCUUACUUAGUAACUUAAAUACUGUAGACUAUUUACUCGGCAAAAGAGAGAAAGAAGAAGUUUUUGUCUUUUUCUCCGCAUUUCAGCGGUCUGGUUUAUAUUUUCCAUUACAGUACUGUCAGUACGCGCGUAGAUACCGACAAAAAGAAAAGAAAUAUAAGAGGUGCCGAAGCCUGUGCUCCAUUGCAUAAAAAGGUUGAAGAAGCCGCAUAGAUUAAAUAGGAGCUGAAGAAAAAACCAAUUAUUUACAGAAGUAAAAAUGUUUCACAUAAGAGGGCUUACACGAACAGCAGCCACAUUAAAACUCAAUCAAGAACUAAUACAAUCAGCCAGUAUAAUACGUCUGCAAAAUAAUCGAAAUUAUGCUGAUCAUAAGAUUCCUGACAGACUUAAAGAUAUUCCUACUGCCCCUAACCCUAAAUUUUUUGAUAUGAUAGAAUAUUUCUUUCAUCGAGCAUGUCAAAUUGUUGAAGAUAAAUUAGUAGAAGAUGUGGGAAAGCGAUCAAGAUUGAGCCUUGAGGAACGUAAAAAAAAAGUUAAAGGCAUUCUCAUGCUUAUGCAGCCUUGUGAUCAUAUUCUUGAGACGACUUUUCCUUUAAGACGUGAUUCUGGUGACUAUGAGAUGAUCACUGGUUACAGGGCUCAGCAUUCAGCACAUCGAACACCAUGUAAAGGAGGUAUCCGUUUUUCGAUGGAUGUUUGUCGAGAUGAAGUUAAAGCUCUGGCCGCUCUCAUGACUUUUAAGUGUGCUUGUGUUGACGUCCCAUUCGGUGGUGCUAAAGCAGGUAUUAAGAUCAAUCCUAAAGAAUACUCGGACAACGAGCUUGAGAAGAUCACUCGCAGAUUUACUCUCGAACUUGCAAAAAAAGGAUUUAUCGGACCGGGAGUUGAUGUACCAGCUCCUGAUAUGGGCACGGGAGAGCGUGAAAUGUCGUGGAUCGCCGAUACGUAUGCGAAAACGAUCGGGCACCUAGACAUCAAUGCUCACGCCUGUGUAACCGGUAAGCCGAUCAACCAGGGUGGCAUACACGGGCGUGUUUCAGCAACUGGACGUGGUGUCUUCCACGGUAUCGAGAACUUCAUCAACGAGGCGAAUUACAUGAGCAUGAUCGGUACAACACCAGGCUGGGGUGGUAAAACAUUUAUUCUGCAGGGCUUCGGUAAUGUUGGUCUCCACACAAUGCGCUAUUUGCAUCGCGCUGGGGCUACGUGCAUCGGCGUUAUCGAACACGAUGGCUCCAUCAUCAAUCCCGACGGCAUUGAUCCUAAGCAACUUGAAGAUUAUAGACUCGAUAAUGGAAGCAUUGUUGGAUUUCCUAAUGCAAAGCCAUACAAUGGUGAGAAUCUUAUGUAUGAGCCUUGUGACAUUUUUAUUCCUGCAGCAGUUGAAAAAGUUAUUACGAAAGAAAACGCCAGUCGCCUUCAAACCAAGAUUAUCGCCGAGGCUGCUAAUGGCCCAACAACGCCGGCGGCAGAUAAAAUUCUUAUUGAAAAAAAUAUCCUUGUUAUUCCGGAUCUGUAUAAUAAUGCUGGUGGUGUAACCGUUUCCUUCUUCGAAUGGCUAAAGGAUCUUAAUCACGUAUCUUAUGGUCGUUUAACAUUCAAAUACGAAAGAGAAUCAAAUUAUCACCUUCUGGAAUCUGUGCAGGAAUCUCUAGAACGCAGAUUUGGGCGAGUUGGUGGACGCAUCCCAGUUACACCAUCUGAAUCUUUUCAAAAACGCAUUUCUGGUGCAUCCGAAAAAGAUAUUGUACAUUCCGGAUUGGACUAUACAAUGGAAAGAUCUGCUAGAGCCAUUAUGAAGACGGCAUUGAAAUUCAACCUUGGUCUGGAUUUAAGGACAGCGGCUUACGUUAACUCAAUUGAAAAGAUUUUUACGACUUAUUCCGAAGCGGGUAUCGCCUUUUGAAUUUGUUAACCUAGUCAUGAAUGGGUAACUGUAUAUUAAACAUUCUUGUUAUAAAAAGACAUCAUUUAGACAGUAAAUAUAUCAGAGAGAAAAAAAUUAUGAAAGAGAAGAUGCGAAGCCAUCAUGCUAGCACAAUAAAGCAGUAUUCGUUUUAGAUAGUGUGAUUUUCAAAAAAUCAAAAAAUCAAAAAACAAAUAAAACAAAUAAAUAAAUAAAUAAUACCGAAUUGAGUAUUUGAAAGAUCUGCUUGGAUCAAAUUAAAUUUUAUCUGACUAUGCUUUCUGAAAAGCUUAAGAAAAUCAUUAAACAUUAAGUAUUUUAUUAAAUACAUUAUAACAAUACACGUCACGUGUAGUAUGCCAUCAAUCAUGGUUGAGAUAAUUUAUUUUAUAAUGUAAUAAUUUUAAAAUGAUAAUUAGAAUGGAAAAGAGAUUUUAAAAAGCUCUAACACACUUCAUUAUCUUCUCUAUAUAUUGUAUGAUUUUAAAUUCUAAUUUUUUAAAUUUGCAAAUAAAUUGUUUCAAUAAUAAUGA